GAAAACGAAUGGCCCAAGCCAGUCCCUCCCUGUUCGCUACCUACAGCCACUUCUCCGCCAUUAUCCGCCGGAAUAUUAGAUCCGCCGGCAUCCAUUCCCCGCACAUUCCGGCCCGUCCCACCUCUGUCCUUCCGCUCUCAGUUUCUCCAGUGGCGUGCGUCGGUGUUCCCAACCUCCUUGAAGCUGCGAAGCGUACCGUAGAUGAUUAUAUUAGAAGUGGAAUGGUUGUUGGAUUAGGCUCCGGUCGCGCUUCCCGCCUCGCGAUAGAGUAUUUGGGCCAGCGGCUUCGAGAGGGAGUUCUAAAGGAUGUCGUUGGAGUGCCCACGUCAAAUUUCAGUUCAAGUGAGGCAACAAAAGCUGGCAUCUAUCUAAACUAUUAUCAGGAUAGCCUUCAAAUUGAUUUUGCUUUUGAUGAUGCUGAUGCUAUUGAAAAAGGCACGCUGACAGCCAUCAUAGGCCGAAGACAACUUGAGAUUGAUGAGUCCAUAAUUGAAGAGAAGUCCGUAAUGAAAUCAGCGAGUAAACUUGCCUUCAUCGUUGCUGAAAAGCAAUAUGCAAGAGGUCUUGAUGGAUCCAUUCCGGUCUUGGUUAAACCUGGUUACUGGAUGUUAACUGCUGAAGAAAUAGAUGACUUGUUUCUAGGAGAUGCAGAGGUUUGGAGAAGACCAACACAUGGGAAAGCAGAUCCACUUGGAGGUGACUUUCCAAUGGUGACUAAAGAAGGACAUCAUAUCCUUGAUGUUAUUUUUACAUCUCCAAUACUUGAUUUAGCUAAGGUAGGUGAGUACCUGGAUCAAAUUGACGGUGUAGUGGACCAUGGAGUGAUAGCCGGCAUUCCUUGCACUGUAAUCAUUGCUGCAAAAAGUGGAGUGCUAACUGUGGAUAAUCUUUCAUAGCGCCCCAGUUCAAAGCUGAGUCAGAUGCAAAAUAUUCGGAUUCUUAUGAUGAGAGUUUUCUGCAGAGCCAUAAAGGUUGGGGAGUCUCAGUAAACUGUUUUCUGUAUUUAUACUUCCAUUUCAUUUGUUUCAUGGAGAAGCAGAUUUACUGCCUCUUUUACUGAACAAUAAAACAACUAAAUAAAUAAAUCUGAUUUCUUUGCUGCA